AUGAAUAGAAAAAAUAAAGGAUUUACAAAUUUGGCAAGAUAUAUGUCAUUUAAAAUGUUGUUUUAUUGUUUGCCCAUUCUUUCGUUGCUAGUUAGAAGAAAAAUUAAUCAAGCGGAAGCGCAUGUAUGUAUACGCACAUACGUGCUUAAUGAGAUCAAUACAAUAUUAACCGAGGAAAAUGUGUGCUUAGGGUUACAAAUGAAAAGUGCAAAUUUUGGAAGAAAUUUAACAGAAGCGCAUUCAGAAGAUUCAUUAAAAAUAAAUGAGAAAAACGAUCAUCAGAGUGAGCAAAUAGCUGAUAACUUAAGAUUACGGAACAGUAAGAAUAUUAUUAACAGAACGAUAAAAAACGAAACAAAAGAUGCAACAAAAACGAAAAGGAAAGAAACUGAAGUUGGGCAUUUCUCCAAUAGGACCUCAGAAAAUAAAGGGAAUGAAGAACAAAUUAAAUUUAAAGCAGUAGAAAAUGAAAAUUUCGGGAACAAAAUCUUAGAAAGUAGAAUAAAAUUGACAGAAGAAGAAGUGACAGAAAUAUUAGAUUCAUUAGAAGAUGUUGUAUCGAAAAAAGAAAUGUAUAUUGUAUGGUUUAAUGUUCAUAAUCAUUGUAUAAAAAAAUAUUAUGCGAUGAUAGAAGAGUUAUGGACAAAUAUUAAAUUGUCAGCAUUUUGUCGUAAUCUUUCAGAAAAGGAUUUACUUAAAAUAUGGUGGAAAGCUUACCCGGAUCUUAUUACUGAACUAAAAGAGAACGAUAAAAAUUGUAUAAUCGACUUUUACAAUUUAUUUGAUAGAGGAGAGUGCACACGUGAUGAAUAUAAAAAUUUCAUAGAUAACAGAAAGAAAAAUUGGACAUCCAUUACAAAUGUAAUGAAAUAUAAAUGGAAUAAUUUGUUAAUGGAUCUAAUAAAAAACAUCACCAGCUGGGAAUAUACUAAUGAUGAUAAUCCAUUAAAUUCGCCCGACCCUCCUAUGUUUUCAUUUUAA